AUGAAUCCAGGAUAUUUAGGUAGAGCAGAAUUACCAGAAGGAUUAAAAGCAUUAUUUAGACCAAUAACAGUGGUAGUUCCAGAUUUAGAAUUGAUUUGUGAAAACAUGUUGAUGGCUGAAGGAUUUGAGGAAGCAAAGACAUUAGCACAUAAAUUCGUUACAUUAUAUAUGUUAUGUAGAGAUUUAUUAUCAAAAUAAUUGCAUUAUGAUUGGGGACUUAGAGCUAUAAAAUCUGUGUUGGUUGUUGCUGGUGGUUUCAAGAGAGCAGAACCAAAUAUAGCAGAAUAGGCUUUAUUGAUGAGAGCAUUGAGAGAUUUCAAUAUUCCAAAGAUAGCAUUUUAAGAUUUGGAUGUAUUUUCUGGAUUGUUGUCAGAUUUAUUCCCAAAUAUAAAUAUUCCAAGAAAGAGAGAUAUGGCAUUUGAAGGAAUAAUUGAAUAAGUGACAGCAGAGAAUAGAUUAGAUCCAGAUCCUGAUUAUAUAUUAAAGAUAGUAUAAGCAUCAGAAUUGUUAGAAAUUAGACAUUGUAUUUUCGUAAUGGGUCCACCAGGAGCAGGUAAAUCAACAACAUGGAAGAUGUUAGCAAAAGCUUAAGAUAAGGCAGGUAAGAAAACUACAGUUGUAGAUUUGGAUCCAAAGGUUGUUAGUACCAGAGAUUUAUAUGGAUACAAUUUACCAACAAAGGAAUGGAAAGAUGGUUUAGUUUCAAAAGUUAUGAGAUCAUUAAGUGAAAUUCAAGAUGUCAAUCCUAAAUGGAUAUUAUUAGAUGGAGAUUUAGAUGCAAAUUGGAUAGAAUCAAUGAAUUCAGUUAUGGAUGAUAAUAA